AUGUCUUUGUUCAAGGGUCCUCCUACAAUGGAGUUUUUGCAAGGGUCAAAGUCGCUUCCUGCUAGCGGGGUCUCGGUAGCCGAGGAAAUGGAUAAAAGGGGAACAAUGUGUUAUGAGGAUGAAGAUGAUGAGAAAUAUGUGGAGGUUUCUAAGCAGUUCUGUGUACAUGGGGAUUUGUCAAUGGCGCCAGAAUGGCAGAUCCUAAAGGAUAGGUUUCCACCGGAGGUUGAGGUCUUGUAUGUGGGGAGUUUGAAGGCGGAGAUCGAACCGGCGGAGCGGAAAGAGGUUGCCCAAUUCUUGUUGAAGAAGUUUGGGUGCGUGCCUACUUUUUUGUCCAAUGAAAUUCAGGACAAGUUCUACCAUGGAUUCUGUAAGUAUUACCUUUGGCCUCUGUUUCAUUAUAUAUUGCCUGUUUCACCAAUCAAUGAUGCCCAGUUCAACCUGUCUCAGUGGCAUGCCUAUGUAAGAGCAAACCAGAUUUUUGCCAAUAAGGUCUUGGAGGUGCUAAACAACCCUUAUGAGGACUUCGUCUUGAUACAUGAUUAUCACCUCAUGGCUAUGUCAUCUUAUCUGCGGAAAAAAAUUCACCAAGCAAUAAUGAUAAAAGCAAGGGUAGAAGGUUCUGGUUUUCAAGUUGAUGAGUUUUCAGAGUCAAGUAUAGCAGCAUGCCGGCUAAAAAUUAAAGGAAUGACAUGCACCGGCUGUGCUGAGUCUGUUGAACGUGCCCUUUUAAUGGUUGAUGGAGUGAAAAAAGCUAUGGUUGGUCUUGCCCUUGAAGAAGCAAAGGUCUAUUUUGAUCCAAAUGUCACUAAUACUAACCACAUCAUUGAAGCAAUAGAAGAUACUGGCCUUGAAGCCGAUCUUAUAAGCUCUGGCAAUGAUGUUAACAAAGUGCACCUAAAACUUGAAGGAGUGAGUUCUCUGGAAGAAAUGAAUUUUGUUCAAUCCUCUCUUGAGUUUGUUGAAGGUGUGAAUCAAGUUGAAAUGGACAUGGAGGGAAGUGCAGUAACUGUUAGUUAUGACCCGAACCUCACUGACCCAAGAUCUCUUUUGCAUUGCAUUCAGGAAGCUGGGCGUGACGCCAAAAGGUAUAAUGCAACCUUGUUCCAUCCUCCUAGACGAAGAGAAAGAGAGCAGGAGCAUGAAAUACAGAUAUAUAGAAACCAGUUCUUCUGGAGCUACCUAUUUUCAGUUCCUGUUUUUGUUCUUUCUAUGGUACUUCCAAUGCUUCAUCCUUAUGGCAACUGCUUAGAUUAUAUGGUGUACAACACGCUCACUGUUGGCAUGCUUCUAAGAUGGAUCCUUUGUACACCAGUGUAGUUCAUUGUUGGCCGAAGGUUUUAUGGGGGAUCGUACCAUGCUCUGAGACGGAGAUAUGCUAAUAUGGAUGUUCUAGUUGCAUUGGGAACCAAUUCUGCUUAUGUCUAUUCUCUGCAUAUAGUUAUUAAAGCAUUGACUUCAGAGGAAUUUUAGGGUCAAGAUUUCUUUGAGACUAGUGCCAUGUUAAUAUCCUUUAUUCUCCUAGGAAAAUAUUUGGAGGUGGUGGCUAUGGGGAGGACAUCUGAUGCAUUGGCAAAACUGACAGACCUUGCCCCUGAGACAGCUUGUCUGCUUAUAUUGGACACUGAUGGAAAUGUUGUCUCAGAGAUGGAAAUCAACACUCAAUUGAUACAAAGGAAUGAUAUAAUUAAGAUUUUUCCAGGAGCAAAAGUUCCUGUUGAUGGGGUUGUUGCCACUAACUUCAAGAAGCUUUCCGUUGAUCACAUUAUUAGUGCCUAUGUGAAUACAAAUAGCCGGUUGAUACUUUUGGACUAUGAUGGGACUAUGAUGUGAGAAUCUUCAGUGGACAAAACUCCCAGCAAUGAAGCUAUUACUGUGUCGAAUGCUUUGUGCAGUGAUCCCAAGAACGUUGUUUUUGUUAGCAGUGGUAGAGGGAAGGAUUCUCUCAACAAAUGGUUUUCUACAUAUGAAAAAUUGGGAAUUUCAGGAGAGCAUGGCUCCUUUAACAGGUGGACUAAGGAUUUUCCAUGGGAGUUUUGCCCAUUAAUGAUGGAAUUUGAUUGGAAAAAGAUGGCAGAACCUGUGAUGGAGCUUUACACUGAAACAACUGAUGACUCUUCUGUAGAACAGAAGGAAGGCGCGCUUGAAGGUGAUCUUACUAAUGAGCCUGUAGUUGUUAAAACAGGUCAACACCUAGUGGGAGUGAAGCCACAGGGUGUUAGCAAAGGCUUGGUAGUGGAAAACCUUAUAUCGACCAUGCGAAGUAGGGGAAAGACCCUAGAGAAACAUCUUUUCGUGAAACUUAAUUCUCUUAUCCAAAGCUACUGUUGGUUUGUGCGUGUGAGAGGGGAGAGAGAAGACAGAUGGCGUUGUUUAGAGAAGCACCGCGAGGAAAUCCUGCAGCAGGAGAAGGAAGAUGCGACGUGGGAGUGGUAUCACAUGUUGAAGGAGCAGUUUUCUCACCUUGUGGGCAAGGUGCUCUCAAGCGGAGGGUAUUGCUAUGGGCCAAACAUGAAUAAGGUCAGAGAUACCAAACCAGAGGGGAAUCCAAGUAGAUCAAGGGGCUCAGACAAGGUAACUCGUUACAGGAGAGCUCGAACAGAAGGGUUCCGAGUUGAUCGUCAGAUUGACAAUGCCGAGCAGGUUGAAGGGCUCGGACGAGGCGGUUCGUUGCAGGGGAGCUUGAGAAGAGGACUUGAGGGGCUCGAACGAAAUGGCUGGUCGCAGGGGAGCUCGGACUGAGGAUUCUGAGCUGAGGUUGUUAGAAGAGGCCGAACCGAGUGGGGGGUUUGGGCGGGUUGGCCAUUCGCAAGUCAGCUCUUCGCAGCCCGAGUCGUCGUGGGCCGAGGUGUGGAUCACGUGGCAGCUGGGCUGGGUGCUGGGCCGAACUCUUUUAACGGCUCAUUAUUUUCUUAAGUGUUAAGGGGCAACUGUAGUAGAGCGCAUGGGGUAUUCCAGAAUAGUUAGUUAGAGUUUGUUAUAUAUAAAGCUUGGGGUCAGCGGGAAUACAGGGGAGUAGAAAAUUGGGAAUCAAUUUGUUUUUUGUUUCUGGAGAGUGGCUCUCUUGAACCAGCCAACCUGUUCUUUCUUAUUUCCAUUUAUUUUUGUAUGCAUUGCAGUAUUAAAUUCAGUUCAUCUCUGUAAUUUCAUUCUCUUGCAAGUAAUUCAUUCAAUCAAGGCAUUAUCACUCGCUUGAGUUCAUU